CCUCUUCCUCCUCCCUCCUCCUCCUCCCUGCAUCUCCUCUCUGUGCUCUCGACAGGCAGCAGGAUGGACGUCGUAAAUCAGCUGGUGGCUCAGGGGCAGUUCAGGGUGCUGAAGCUUCCUCUGGGCUUCAUCAAGGCCUUAGAAUGGUUGUUUGCCAUCUUCGCCUUCUCCACCUGUGGGAGUUAUUCCGGGAUGUUCCGGGUGAAGGUGGAGUGUAAGAACCGGACGGAAAGCAACCUUAAUAUAGAGGUGGAGUUUGAGUAUCCGUUCAGACUGCACCAGGUGUAUUUCGACGCCCCGACCUGUAACAAAGGGGAGACGGAGCGCUGCUUCCUGGUCGGCGACUACUCCUCCUCGGCCGAGUUCUUCGUCACCAUCGGCGUGUUCGCCUUCCUCUACGCCACGGCGGCGCUCAGCAUCUAUGUCUUCUUCUACGAGAAGUACAAAGAGAACAACAAAGGACCGCUCAUCGACCUCGGUGUGACCGCCGUCUUCGCCUUCAUGUGGUUGGUGAGCUCUGCGGCGUGGGCCAAAGGUCUGUCUGACGUGAAGACAGCGACCGACCCGGAUGAGGUCAUCACCUUGAUCUCGGCCUGCAGAGAGGAAGGCGAGGGGCACAGCUGCCGUGAAGUCCACGACCCGGUCAUGUCUGGACUCAACACCUCCGUGGCUUUCGGCUUCAUCAACCUGAUCCUGUGGGUGGGCAACCUGUGGUUCGUCUUUAAGGAGACAGGCAUCAUCGCUCCCUUCAUGCGUGCUCCACCUCCCCAGGACAAGUCCGCCGCACCAGACGCCUACGGCCAGCAGGGGGCGUACGAACAAGACCCGUACGCAAGCAACCAGGGAGGCUACCAACCUGACUACAACCAGGAUGCAGAGUACGGCCAGCAGGGCUACGGCCAGCAGGGGGCGCCCACCUCCUUCUCCAAUCAGAUGUGAAGUGACAGGAAACAGAAAACGUCGGAGUGAACCAACAGUGGGUCGCCUGCAACCUACCCACAAUGCAACACUCCUGUCUUUUCCUGUCUGCAAAGUUAACGGGUGGGGGGAGGGGAAGGGGGAGGGGAAGGGUUUAGAUGUUCACUAAAAUGAAUCGAUGUGUAAAUGAUCAAUAAGAGAGUUAUAGAUAACAAUCCACAAACUGAAAAAAACACCAAAAAAAACAACAACAACAGCGACCAAUCGAAACGCUCUAAAGAAGAGAUGAUGUUGAUAAGAGUUAUUCCUAUUUAAUCUGUGGAGAGAAUGUAUGUUUGUGUUGUAUAGAUAUCACUUUGAACAGAUAUAUAAUAUAGACUCAGCUCUUUAUUCAUGUUUCCUAUUCAGCCCCGCCCACUUUGCUAUGCCCCGCCCACAAAAUAUCAAUCAUGCGGCAGUCCAGACUGGGUUCAUGCUGAGACAAAAACCAGAUCAAACUGGAUCAGAAGAAUCCUCGCUGCCUCCAGCAUCACCUCCCUGCUGUUUCCUGUUUGUCUUGCUGCAUGUAAAUAUCAACACAGGAAGUGAUGUCAUCCUGGAGACGCAGUAAAACCCAGUCUGGACUGCCACCUUCAUGGCGAUGUCCUGAUGACACUGGAUCCAAAAUGGCUCCUUAUCGUUACAGUUUGUACUUUCUGAGUGUUUGAUGGAUGGGCUCAGCUGUGUGUUACACUCCUGCUGCUCCUGACAGUCACUGAGCAGGGCACGCUGCUCCUCAAGUCACUGAGCAGGGCGUGCCGCUCCUCCAAGUCACUGAGCAGGGCACGGCGCUCCUCCCAGUCGCUGAGCAGGGCACGGCGCUCCUCUAAGUCACUGAGCAGGGCACGCUGCUCCUCAAGUCACUGAGCAGGGCACGGCGCUCCUCCCAGUCGCUGAGCAGGGCACGGCGCUCCUCCCAGUCGCUGAGCAGGGCGUGCCGCUCCUCCAAGUCACUGAGCAGGGCACGGCGCUCCUCCCAGUCGCUGAGCAGGGCACGGCGCUCUCCCAGUCGCUGAGCAGGGCGUGCCGCUCCUCCCAGUCGCUGAGCAGGGCGUGCCGCUCUUCCCAGUCGCUGAGCAGGGCGUGCCGCUCCUCCCAGUCGCUGAGCAGGGCGUGCCGCUCUUCCCAGUCGCUGAGCAGGGCGUGCCGCUCUUCCAGUCGCUGAGCAGGGCGCCGCUCCUCUCAGUCGCUGAGCAGGGCGCGCUGCACAAUCGUCCGUCUGAAUAACUGCUAUCUGCUGGUUCUUUUUGUUUCUGCUCGCUGCUCUUUUGGGCUUCGUUUAGAUAAAAAACGAUUCCACAGAAAAACCGCUGUGCACACGCACAAACACAACCAACACGCACAUGUGCACGUACGCUUCCUUCUACAAACUUCCAGGCGAGUAAUUGUCAAGAAAAGCGUUGGGAGGACGUUCGUCAUUUUAACUCAACCGAGUGAGCAGCACAAUCAGAACUCAGGAGUCGGCCAUUGUUUUUGUAGUCCAGCUACUCGGCCACGGCUACUCGCUGUUAGCGUAAUGUUUGAAAGCAUCGGCGGCGUUUGGAAAAGUUACCGAUGUUUCUGUGCCAUUUAGACGGCGUGCAUUCUGUUGCCGUGGUAACAAACAUAUCACAUGAUUUUUGCGAGAAUGAUAAAUUCUGAUAUGGCGUCGGUUCAGACGGACGUUUCUGCAAACCAACACCGACAGAGUUUCUUUUUUUUUGUAUCCGUUUUUUUUUGUAUUUUUCUUGAGCUCUCGGCCAAUCAGCUGCAGCCGUGAGCUCCUUUAAUAAAACAGAAGUCUUUCUAGAAAGUUCUGAGUCUAAAAUGUCGGAAAGCGUUCAUCUCUACUUCUCCCUUCUGUUUUUCUGUUUGGUUUUUUUUUUGGGAAAGGUGUUUUAGCGUCGGUAUCUUCCUCCGCAUGGUGACGUGUUUCUGCUCGUGUUGUACAGUAAACUGAUGAUCGGUGUGACUCUACUUCCUGUUCUCCUGUACAGGUGUGUGUGUGAGUGUGUGUGUGUGUGUGUGUGUGUGUGUGUGUGUGUUUACAUCCUCAUAACCUGUCCACAAUUCUUCUAUAUCUCCUCCAAGCGCUCUAUUUGAACCCUUUUCUUCACCUCCUCUAGACUUUCUCUUCCUCCCUCAUUUCUCAACAUUUUUCUUUUUCAGAAUCUUUUCUCACUUUUCUUUUUUGGCCUUUUUAGUUUUGUUUUUGUCUCUUUUUUCUUUUUUCCUGAUCUUCUCUCCUCCUCCUCUUUAUUUUCUACUCUGCCUUGCAAAGCUUUGAUCACCAUCCUCUCCUUCUCUCCUCCUCCCUCUCCCUGUCUCCUUCACUCCUCCCUCCUCUCCUCCCUGUCGUUUCUUCUUCUCGUUCUUCCUCGUGACUCCCCCUCUCUUGCCUCUGUGAUGUAACUUUCAGUGUGAUGAUAUUCUAUUCAGCAUCAGUAACCAUGGCGACGGUGUUGACAGUGACGAUGAUGAUGAUGUGUGUGUGACUUGUUGCUAUGGAGACCCUUCCCUGCUGUGUUUAUUCAGUGUAAAGUUUCAAUAAAGGACAAACUGGUCUGAG